ACCGUGGACGUCUAGUUUCACCAUUUGUUCCUAUGCACCCAACGAGCAUCUAACGAAGCAAAAGCAAGAGAAACAGAGAGUGAGUUCGAGAAGGUGUGAGCGCUCCACUGAGCGGUCGAGCGGAGCAUGGAGCUCGCCUUGGGGGCCAUGGCCGGCCUGGCCCCCAAGCUGCAAGACCUGCUCAUGGCCGAGUACGCCGUGCAGAAGGGCCUCAAGUCCGACAUCGUGUCCCUCUCCAGUGAGCUUGUGAGUUGUGACGAUGAAUGCCGCCCUCGUCGACGCGUCUCGGAUCCCACCGGACCAGCUCACUGAGGUGGAAAAGCUCUGGGCACGAAAGGUCCGGGAGCUGUCGUUCGACACGGAGGAUGCCGUCGACGACUUCAUCCUGCGCGUGGCCUGCGGCGACUCUACAGCCGCGGACACCGACGCCAAUGUCUUCAAGAAGAUCCUUGGCAAGGCCACCGCCCCGAUGAAGAAGAUCAAGGAUCGGCGCCAGAUCUCCGACAGGGUCAAAGACAUCAAGAAGCUUUCCAACGAGUUAGCUGAGCUUCGUGCCAAGUACACAGUUAGAGGCGCGGGAGCUGAUCUUGCCGCGAGCACUGGCAUCGACCCCCGUAUCAUCAAUCUGUACAAGCAAGAGUCAGAUCUCGUUGGCAUCGAGGAGUCGAGGGACAAACUAAUCAGGAUGCUGUCAAUAGGGACCAAAGAUGAUGAUGCUAUCCAGCAGAACCUAAAGAUAAGUGUCUAUUGUCGGGGUAGGAGGACUGGGUAAGACUACUCUAGCCAAAACGGUGCAUGACAUGCUUAAGAAACAAUUCAGCUGUUCUGCUUUUAUUUCUGUUGGUAGGACUCCUAAUCUGAUUAGGACAUUUGAGAAGAUGCUAUUGGAACUCGAUCAAAAGUAUAGCCAAGUCGACAUGGCAAGAUGGGAUGCAGAGCGAUUCUCGAAUGAACUGCGUAAAUUCUUGGAGGACAACAGGUACUUCAUCGUUGUUGAUGACAUAUGGGAUAAAGGAUCAUGGCAAGCAAUAAGAUAUGCUUUGAAGGACAAUAAUUGUGGAAGUAGAAUAAUCAUGACUACUCGGAAUUCUGAGGUUGUCACCAAAGCAGAAGAGCUGUAUAUACAAAAACAUCUUUCUGAUGAAAACUCAAAGAAAUUAUUCUACAAAAGAAUACAGAGUGAGGAAGGAGAAAGUCUUGAUGAUGUA